AUGGCAUCUGCCUUCACCAUCAAAGCAACCAUCGCCUCCUUCGGCGGCAAGCUCUUCAAGCUGUCCCACAACUCCGCAACCACCACAACCCCCAUGGCCCUGAACCUCUACCUCCCGCCAAAAUCCUUCACCACCCCGACCCCCAAAGUCCCCCUCCUGAUCUACCUCUCCGGCCUGACCUGCUCCCCCGAGAACUGCUCUGAAAAGGGCUUUUUCCAGCACCGCGCCUCGCAACUCGGCUUGGCUAUCCUCUACCCCGACACCUCCCCGCGCGGCCUCAACUACCCCGGCGAGACCGACAGCUGGGACUUUGGCGUCGCGGCCGGGUUCUACCUCGACGCGACCCGCGAGCCGUGGAGCGGCGGCUACAAGAUGGAGACAUACCUGACCAGCGAGCUCCCCUCUACCUUGUUCAACGACACCGAGUUCGGCAAGUAUCUGGACGCUGAAAAGGUCUCCAUCACGGGCCACUCGAUGGGCGGGCACGGCGCUCUGACGCUGUAUUUGCGCCAUCCGGAACUGUAUAAGAGCGUGAGCGCCUUCGCGCCGAUCUCGAACCCGGUGAACUGCCCUUGGGGACAGAAGGCUUUUGCGGGGUACUUGGGGGAGGAGGAUAAGGAGGCGUGGAAGGAGCAUGAUGCGACGGAGUUAAUUCGGAAGGGGGUGUGGAAGGGGAAGGGGGAUAUGAAGGCCCUGGUAGAUGUUGGAUUGGCAGAUGGGUUUUACAAGCAAGGGCAGUUGCUGCCGGAGAAUUUGGAGGCUGCGGCGAAGGAGGCGGGUGUGGAAGGGUUGACGGUGCGGUAUCAUGAGGGUUAUGACCAUUCGUACUACUUCAUUUCGACCUUCGCUGCUGAGCAUGUCGACCAUGCAGCGAAGCAUCUGGGGCUGUUGUAA